UAAUUGGAUUAGUGUGUUUUUGUUGUGUGUCAUGCAAGAAAGUUGACUAAAGGUAUAAACUAUCUGAACAUUAUGUUAUAUUUAUAUAAAAAAAAAUUAACCGUUUUAUCGGUUACACAAUGACAAAAUGUGAACAAUUUUUUAAAUCUUUCGUAACGAUGUAUGAAUUGUAUGAGUGAUUGAAAUGUACAUAAACUUACUUAUAUGUAUAUUCCAUUUAUAAAUUAUUAUAAUUAAAUUCUUUAGAUUUAUAAAGUUUAUUUGGAGCAAUAUUAUAUAAAUAUAAGAAUGCCACUCUCUAAUAGAAAUAAAGAAGAUAUGGAACCAAAUAUGAGUGAUAUAAGUGCAGACUUUGCUUGUCUAAAAGUAUCUGCUCUAGGAAAAGUUUCGCGUAUAUCCGGUGAAAUCGAUCGGAUUACGAUUGGUCCUAAUUCAGAUUCAAGCAAGAGUGAUUUUAAAAAAUUAGAAAAUAUUGAAAAUGAGCAAAAUUCUUGCAAUGUCAAAACACCUCAGAAAACUAUGGAUGAAUGGAACAAUAAGAUUUCAACACAGAGUGGUAUUAUAUUUUCAAUAAAAAAGAUAUUAUUGGAAGAGGAGUUACAAAGAAGAGAGAAAGUCAGGAAAGAAGUACAGCGUAAAUGGCAACACAUGGAAGAGAAUGGAACUGCUAUACAGAAACAUAUUUCCCUUUCGCGUUCGAAUAUGGCACAAGAAAGAGAGCGCAAAAGUGCACAAAAAUAUGCCGAUAUAUUAGCCGAGGAGGAACGUAUCGCGGAACAAGAAGAGAUAAGGAGAAAACACGAGCAACAGUUACACGCUCAAAGAGCUCAAGAACAAAAUGAAAAGAUGAAACGUGAUAUGGAGGAAUGUAGAAGGAAAUUGAAAGAGAAGGAAGAAUUGAUAAAAAAGAUAGUAAUUCUUAGGCACGAAUUUGAAGUUAAAUAUUAUGACAUUGUAAUUCUUUCAAAAAAUUUUAAAGAUAAAAAUGCUAUAGCAAAUUUUUUUAUUAUGCAUUCGGUCGUUCUAAAACAACUCCAUCGACAAAUUGAAUCUUUGGAUGAAAAAAUUAAGAAAGGAGAUUUGGUGCCUACAGAUCUCUAUAGCGCGGAAACAGCGGUACAACAGAUAGGUGAAAUUUUAUCCUCGUUAAAGGUAGAAUUAGAUAGGAUAACUGCUGAGAAGAUAAUUCCAGUGUCGAAUGCAGGUGUACAAAAUACAGAAUUGAUUCAGAAAGAAUCAUCCAAGUCAGAAGAAGUUGUAAAAAUUUAUGACGUUUCAACUGCAGAUCAAAUCAAUAACGAUAAUGUCAACGAAAACGUGGACAAUGAUAAAACUCAAGAGAUUGUUCCAGGAAGUGUUCCAGAAUCUGUUCCAGAGACUGUUCCAGAGACUGUUCCAGAGCCUGUACCAGAAAUUGCCCCGGGAACUGUUCCAGAAUCUACUCCUGAAACUGUUCCAGAACUAAUACCAGAAAAUGUUCAAGAAACAGCUCAAACAAUAAAAACAUCCACAAAUCAUCAAGCCAAUUCUGAAGAUACUUCAUCAACGUCGACUGUGCCAUUACAAGAAAUAGAAAAUAAUAUAUAUAAAUAUGUCGAUAAAGAAUCAUUACAAAUAUAUAUUCAUAGUCAAGAAAUUUUGGAGAAUUAUGCCAAAAAUUAUAAUGAAUUUUCACGAUCGCCCAGUACAAAAAAAUUUAGGUUCGAGUGUCAAAAGGCAAUAAAUAUUCCUGUAAACGCAAUUUCUGUUAUUAACGAACAACAUCUUAAAGAUAAAUAUGAAAGAUUACACAAUCUUCUCAUUGGAAGAUCAUCUCCAAAUGUAGGACAGCAUCCUCAAGGAGCAGCAUUUUGUAAAGAUGUUUUAGCCAAAAAGAUAGUAAAUCAAGGAGAAACACUUGUUUCGAGCAAACCAAAAAUGGCAUUUGCUAUAGCUACAAUAAUCGUAGCUCUUUGGAACGAUCACGGCGAUUUUGGUGAAUUACUUUUAGCACAUUUUCACAAAACUUGUCCCUUUACGGUUCCUGUAUUUAUGCCGAAAAGAGAAGGGCAAACCAAUGAAGAAUAUUUCAAGUCAUUGGGUUAUAAGUAUUUCGAAAAUGGAAGUGUAGAAAAACAAGAUAAAUUUUUGAAAAGAAUGUCUGGAUUAAUGAGAUUGUAUAUUUCUAUAACUGUAACAUCUCAAAGAAAAGGAAUUACGAAGAAACAUCCUUAUGGUUUACGACAUACAUGGAGAUGGCUUGCAACUGUAUUGAAUAGUGAAUCUCAACCAAACACAUCAGAUCUUCGUGCCACUCUUAUUUUGGAUGUAUUAGAAGUUGCAGGAAAUUCACUUUGGAAUGUUUAUCCUAAACAAUUUCAUAAGAUGUUAAUGUUAUUAGCUAAUGAAUACUAUCCUCGUAUACAAAAUGAGGAUGGUAUUAGCGACGGACCAUUAGUACGUUUAGAAGAAUUCUUAAAAAACACAUUAGCAAGGGGUUCUAUACCACCUCCAGAUGGAUAUCUUGCUCCUAACUUUUGGUAACUUUUGAUAGAUAAAUUCGUUUUGCGUAAUUCUUGUGCAUUGUAUGUAUCAUAAUUUCUAUUUAAAAAGAAAAAAAAAAAUAAAUAAAAUAAAAUAAUAUAAAUAAAUAAAAAAAUAUUAAAAAAAAAAAACAAAAAGAAAAUAAAAAAAAAGGAAGAAAGAAGUAGAAAAAAAAAAGAAGAAGAAAAAAAUACGAACGAAAAGAACAAAAGUAAGAAAAUAAGAGAUGAACAGAUAAUAUGCAUGUGCAUAGAUCUUGAUAAUAUAACGUUAUAUUUAUUUUAUAAUAUAAAAUUUAUAUGCGUGUUUAUUUUUUUCCAACGAUAAAUGUAGUAAGGUAUAGAUCAUAUUUAAUACAAUGUAAAUGGGAGAUAAAUUCAAUAAUACGGUCCCCUUUUAAUGGCAGACUUAACAUCACUAAAUUCAUAGUAAUCUGUGGAAUUAAUGGCAAAACCUAAGAUUCCAAAAGAUGCUAGUUUCUCCAAUCGUUCUGUAUCCUCAUUACAAUUAAGUAGAGAAGACGUUAAUUCCCUUACAAGAUUAUCUGUAAAAAAGAAAAACAAAAAAAAAAAAAAAGAAAUUGAAAAGAAGAAAAAAUAAAUGAAAGGAAUGAGAAAAACAAAACAGAUAUGACAUAAGGAUGGAAAACAAUAAUAAAGAGAUAUAAUGCUAGAAAUUAGUUUUUCAUUUCAACAAUUUUCUUACCAGAUAUAUUUUUAUUAACCAUAAUGCGAUAAGGCGGUAAUGGUCCCAAGCUUGUAACUACACGAAGUGAUUCUAUGCCUGGCAAAGUAUCCUUUUGACAUACAAUAACAGGAGCUUCCAAAACGCCUACUUCAGCUUGUUUACCGGCGACCAUUUGUAAAACAGCUAUUUGUGAAUCGACAUCUGAAAAAACAUAACUUCAAAUCUCAGUACCUUAUUAAUUUACAAUUUGUACACUACGUGCAUAUCGUCACAUAGUUUAUUCAUAUUAACCUAAUGUGUUGCCGAAGAAAGCUGGACCUUCUCCAACAGAAUGCAAGUAAUUAUACAAUAGUGUUGUAGCUCCUACUUUUUUAGACCUAUCAGGCAAAGCACAUCUGUGUCCACGCAUAUCAAUGAUAUCCUAUAACAUUAUACAUAUAUAUAUAUAAAUUUGUUAUAUGUUUCAAAGAUUUAAUAACAGAAAUUAUCAAAGAUUUAUCCAUUUACUUCAACCUGAGGUGUGAGAUCUGAAGCAAUGAUAACGUCGGCAUAAAUCAAAGGUGAAUUAUCCUUAUUCAGACGAUGUUUAAAUAUGAAAGAUACUGGCAAAAGUUCACCAUCUUCCCAUUCUUCAUUGGCUGACAAAAUGGCUGAAAUUAAUUAAAAUAAUUAUUACAUAAUAUUGAUAUAUAAUAUUUCUUUUUAUUUUAAUAAAUAAAUAUGAUAUUUUAAUAAAUAAAUAUAUUUAUUAAAAUACAUAAACUUAUUUAUAAAAAUAAAUAUAUAAGCAUUUUAUAAACCUACCGAUAUCAGUGAUAUUCUUUGGGACUUUUCUAUUAGAUCUUGGCUCGUAUAAAAUAUUAACAGGCCUUUCUGUUGCAACUUCAAUAACUUCGGCCAAUAAUUCGAAAAGAGAAAUUGGUAAGGACGGUACUAAAUGUGUAGAUAAUACGAUUGGAGAUUCAUUGGUUAUCGGUGGCAUAUAGGGUUGACGUAUUCUUGGUACAGCAACGUUCGAGGGUUUAAAUGAUUUCUGUAAAAAAGUAUAAAAAAUACAUGUAUAUUAAUUUUAUUGGAUUAAAAAAAAGAAAAAAGAAAAAAAAAAGAACGAAUCAAGUUGAUUUACAUUUUUUUCGACGAUAAACAAUUCCUCUUUCUUCGGAGAAAAUCGAUCAUCUUCUUUUGAUUUCUAUAAAAAAAAGAAAAAAAAGAAACCACAUUAAUAAUAAUAAUAAAAAUGUAAAUAUGAAAGCCAUCGAUUUUGUUGAAUUAAAAAAAAAAAAAAAACAAAACAAAAAAAAAGUGAACGAUGACCUACAUUUUUCUCGACGAUCACAAAUUCAUCUUUCUUCGGGGAUGAUCGAACUUCUUCCUUUGGUUUCUAUAAAACGAAAAAAAAAAUAUGUAUAUAUAUAAAUAUGAUUUUAUUCAAUUUCGAAGAAAAAAAAUACAAAUCAAAUUGAUUUACAUUUUUUUCGUGGGACAAAGAUUCAUCUUUCUUCAAGGAAGUUUGCAAUUCUCCUUUCGGUAUCUAUAAAAAAGAUUUCAAUAAAAAUAUAAAUAUAAUUGUUAUCAAUAAAA